AGCGACUCUCCGCAAGGGGCCGCUGGACGUCGACCAGCGGCUGGGCGACGAGAUGGCGGCGAUGCGGCUCUUCUACAGCUGCCACGACGUGCGCGGCCGCCAGCACGACGCACUGCAGCCUCUGACGCGCAUCAUGCGGAGCCUGUCGCUGAGCGAGUGGCCUUAUGAGCUGGGCGAGCGGCUUCCGCGUGCGCGCUUCGUUCUGCAGCGGCUCAGCGUCGACUACGCGCUGCCCUUCUUCGUGUCGCUACGCGUCGAGCCGGACCCGAGGGACGCACGCGCCAACUUGCUCGCCGUGGACCUUGGUGAGCCGAUGCUGCACUCGAACUUCGUGCGCGAGGCGGCCGACGAAUACCGGGCGCUGCUGCGCGCACAUGCCACCUACAUCCGUCGCACCAUGGUGCUCAUGGGUGCGCACGACAUGGCUGCCGCCGUGGCGACCGAUGUGCACGACUACGAGUUCGCUCUGGCCGAGCUUUCGAACUACCAGAGUCUCAGAGAGCUGACAGAAUUCAGCAGCGACAACAUCGUCACUUUGGACAAGCUCCAGCAGGGGGCGACACUGGUAAGUGGACACGAGAAAGCAGUUUGAUACGUGUAGCUGAAAUACGGCUAAACAAACUAGAAAGAAUAGGUCCGUAUCACGAGUUAUAGGAAUAUAAAG